CAAGCCUAUUAACGUGAAACAACAUUGAUCGAUCAUCUUCAAAGAUAAUAUGGACCAUAAGGCAUUAACGCAGGCCAAGUUUUUGGAGAUUCUCACGAAAGCAGAGGCCACCGAGGAUGUGCAAUUGACCAAGGUGGAACUCCGACCUGGGGCAGAGGAUGGGCAAAACUACUCCGGGCAGGUUGUGGCUUGCCGCUUGGAAGCCAAUGUCAAAGACCAACCUAAGAUCUACAAUUGGAUGGCCAAGGUUCCUUUCGACGACGCAGGCAAAUUUGUCCCACUCCGGUUGUUGAAGACGGAGGUAAAAGAAUUGGCCUUCUAUCAAGAUCUCCUUCCAGCUUUAAAGCACUUUAUUGCCAAGCGAGGCUCCAAAAUUCAGUUGAAGUUUUGCCCAUUCAUUUAUGGCGAGUUCAACGAGGAUAUUCCUAAAGAAGAGUGCGGUAAAAGUUCUGUGAUCAUGUUGGAACAUCUUGGUCACAUGGGAUUCAUCGACCCUAUAGACAAGAAAUCUGGCCUUGAUCUAGCGCAUGUCAAUUUGGUCAUGAAGGCUUUGGCCAAUUUCCAUGCGGCCUCACGUGGGUAUUACAAAGCCAAGCAUGGCAAACUCGAGAACAUUGUGGAAAAGGAACCCCUUCAAGCCACAGACUACUAUCCAUUGAUGUUAAAUCAGUUCACUGAUACCAUGGUCGAAGCGUUUUUCCAGAGGUUCAUGAAUAUUGGUGAUGACGGAUACAAGUAUGUGGAAUCCUACAAGCGAUUCGCUGAAAACGUGAUAGAUCCAAUCCAAUUGCGAAAUCAAUUGACCCGCCCUGAUGCAUGCCGGUUCAACGUUCUGUGCCACGGAGAUCCAUGGUUCAAUAACAUGCUAUUCAGAUAUGAGGACCAAAACCCCACUGACGUGUGUCUGGUGGAUUUGGCUCGCACCAAAUGGGCGUCCCCCACCAUUGACCUAUCCUAUUUCCUGUUUAUAUCCACCACACCCGAGCUUCGGCAAGCCCACAUGAAUGAGAUCCUGGAGUACUAUCACCAAUGCCUCAGCCAAGCCCUCAAAGAAUUGGGUGAAGAUCCAAGUGUUUUUAGCUUGAGGGAAUUGAAGUCCGAUUAUAAGAAAUGUUCUUUUUUCGGAUUCAUGAUGUCGAUGACAGCCCUACCCAUUCUUCUGGCCAGGAAGGAAGAUGUUUUGAGUUCUGAGGAGAUGAUUGGUGACUUAACUGAUCCAGAUGUCAAGCGGAAGUUCGCCCACCUUCACAGCGCACGAGCCAAAGCUUCAAUGACCCAUGAGCCUCAAAUUGGACACCGGAUCUCCGGAGGAUUUAUGGAGAUGGUUGAAAACGGGUAUUUUACUCUGUAAUUUCUUUCCUUGCAGAUAUCAUCUGCCUUUCAUAAUAAAAUUAUCAGUUGAUGUCCUGCAUUAUUAUGCAACUUUGAAGAACCCAAAAGAAUACAGCGACAUUACGCAAUGAUCAAAAUGCCCUGUAAGCAUCUCAUCAAAAACCGAGAUCUCACACCAAUAACACCAGAGGUACUCGAAAGACUCAACUUCCUGAUGGCCUCUAAACAUUGUACCCGCUCAUCUUGACUAGCCUCGCCAACCUCAACAAAUUCAACAUUAGAGCAACUGUGUGAAGUUGGAAACAUACUAGAGAACUGAUGUCCAAGCAUAUUAGCUAUAACCUCUAAAUUGCAAAUGGCUUCUUUAUUGACCUGAGGAACCUUCAGGGUGUUUCUUUUUCCUCCUAAAGUUGGCCUAAAGGAAAAAAAGCCUUCGGAUUCGAUACAACCUCGUCUCUCAAUUCAUAAGUCUCAAGCAAUUAACAUAUUCUUAUUGACUAAGUCAUCGGAAUGACGUUCAUUUAUAAUCACGCAACACAUAUUGUCUCUGUUUUUCCCCAUUCGGAAAGAGCGUCCGAAAUUUGUCGCUAUUUCCGGCACACAGGAAACUCAUUCUUACUCGUGCAAAUUCCGUCCUGAAUAAACGUGUUUGUGCCAACCUCCCACACG